AUGGCGCCCUCCUCCACGGUCUUCUCAAUCCAAGAUAAAGGGCUAAGAUUCGACUCGGCGGCCGAUUUAGAACCCCAUAUCAAGCCUCUCGUCGAAAACGACAGUCUUUUUACCGAAAUCCACCUCGGAGGAAAUACCUACGGCGUCCCCGCCUGCGAGCUCCUAAGCAAAGCGCUGCGGGUGCAGAAGAAGCUCCACACCGCCAACCUUGCCGACAUAUUCACUUCACGUCUCCUCUCCGAAAUCCCACAAGCGCUUUCCUUCUUGUUAAACGCACUGCUGGAAGUACAUACGCUCCAGACCGUCGAUCUGAGCGACAAUGCCUUUGGACUCAACACGCAAGCCCCGCUCGUCGAGUUUCUGCAGGCGCAUCUUCCGCUGCGCCAUUUGCUUCUGAACAAUAAUGGUCUCGGCCCCAAGGCAGGGACACUCAUUGCCGAUGCCCUGACGGAGCUAUGCGCCAGGAAGGCCAAAGCGCGGUCGGAUCCAGACGUUGGGUAUGAAGUGCCCCUCCUCGAGACCAUCGUGUGCGGCCGCAAUAGACUAGAAAGCGGAAGUAUGGCCGCCUGGGCUCGUGCGAUUAAGGAUAACGGCAAGGGGCUCAGAACCGUGAAGAUGGUGCAGAACGGUAUCCGUCAGGAUGGAAUCACGUUAUUGUUAGACCACGGCCUGCGCCAUGCGCCGGAGUUGGAGAUUCUUGACAUGCAAGAUAACACAUUUACGGCUAUUGGAGCCCGAGUCCUGGCAGAUACAGUGACCGGGUGGCCCUCUCUACGCGAGCUCUCCUUGGGAGAUUGUUAUCUGAAGGGCCGAGGCUGGCUCCGAGUUGGUAAAGCAAUUGCACAGGGCAAUAACGCGAAAAUUGAGAUUCUGAGGUUAAUGUAUAAUGAUAUCAACGCGGCCGGAUUAAAGGUGUUAGUCCACGCUGCCAAAAACGCACUCCCGAUUUUGAGACGCGUCGAGCUGAAUGGAAAUAAAUUUGAAGAGGAUGAUGAAAGCAUUGUGGAGUUGAGAGAACUCCUCGACGAGCGAAAAGAAGCGAUUGGCAGAGACGACGAAGAUGAGGACGCAUGGGGUCUGGAUGAACUUGAUGAACUAGAAGAGGAAAGCGAGGAAGAGGAUGAAGAGGAGAGCGAAAUAGAAGAUGUGGAGAAAAGAGCAGAGAGGAUUGUUGAGGAAGCAGAGCUCGCUGAGGAUGAGAAGGUUGCCCAGGACCUUGAUAAUGCUGUGGAUGCACUUGGUGAAAAGCUCAAGGGAACAUCUAUCUGA